AUGACAUUUGCUCCUAUAUGGACAGGAGAAGAGGUUGAGUCGCAAGAGAAGAAACAGCGGCAGACAGAUGGUACAAGGCCAGAAAAUGACGAGAGGCCAGCAGGGGAGUAUGAACAGCCAUGGGAGUGGAAAAAGGAGCAUAUUGUUAGAGCACUGUCAGUUCAGUUUGAAAGUACUGAGCGAUCACCAGCUAAGGAGGAAGCAGUCAAGUUGCACCAACUUAAGAAAAGCUGGACACAAAAGAUCCUAAAACAAACUGAGCAGAUUGAAAAGGUGGAUCCCUGCAUGCCACUAGAGAAACAGAGUUGGUAUCACGGUGCCGUUACGCGUGCUGAGGCAGAGAGUCGCUUGCUGUCUUGCAGAGAGGCCAGUUAUCUUCUUUGGAACAGCGAAUCUGGUAACAGCAAGUACUCCAUCGCCCUGAAGACCAGCCAGGGCUGUGUGCACAUCAUUGUGGCCCAAACCAAGGACAACAAAUUUACACUGAACCAAACAAGUGCCGUUUUUAGCAGCAUUCCAGAGGUCAGCCAAUACUACUCCACUCAAAAACUACCCUUCAAAGGAGCAGAACACAUGAGUCUUCUAUACCCAGUGCACAGCAAGUAGCAUGAAG